GUUCGAGUUCGGGAUCGUUGGGAUCAGUCUUUGGGACGCGCGUUUGCCGUAAAGAUCGCGGAGAAGAAGUGCUCGGAAACCGAAUUCUUCAAUCAUUUAGUGUGCCUCUUUUUGUGGCCGCGAACAUCGAAACCAAAAUCGGAGCUCCUCAAUCGCCGCAGACGUCAGUCGCUGAGUGGACCUAGUGGGGAUCGGACCUAACCGAAACUACCGCUCAUCAUCAUGCUGCCCGUCAUCCGUCGCUAUCUUAUCGCCUUGGGCCUGUGCGUCUGUCUUUGUUUUGGACCGGGUCUGGUGGAAUCACGCAGCCGGGCGAAGAACCUGGUUGAUAGAAAGCUGGUGACACUCUACGGCAGCACUCCCCACGUGGAGGCCCUUCUGGGGCCCGGACGUCCCACCCCGGAUACCUACAAGACGCUGAGGAGUGCCUUCUUCCGGUACGAGGAGUCCCGAACCCUGGGCUAUGAUCUGGAGCUCACCGAACGGGAGGCCAAGGCCAACGAGACCAUUAUGAAGGCCAAGUUGAACGAGUACGGAGAGGGUCUGGUUACCCCGCAUCUCUUCAAGCCCGCUCAGCAUAUAUUCGAUGUGCUGGAUGGCAUCCGGAACACCGAUCUCUUCAAGCUGCUGAAGAAAAUGCCCAAGGGUGCGGUGCUCCAUGCCCACGAUACGGCUCUCUGCAGCACAGCGGCCAUCAUCAAGCUGACCUACUACGAUAACCUUUGGUCCUGCCAGCAGGAAGGCGAUCUUAGCGCCUCCGCUCUGCGGUUCUCCAGGGAGAAGCCACAGGCACUGGAGGACUGCGAUUGGAGUCUGCUGUCCGAUGUGCGAUCCAAGUACGGCGCCGACAAGGUCGACGAGUAUCUGGCCGAGAGACUCACCCUGUAUCCCACCAAGAAGUUCGAGGACAACAACGCCGCCUGGUCAACUUUCAUGACCAUUUUCGGUCUGCUCGAUGGGCUGGUGAUGUACGCCCCCGUCUGGGCGGACUACUACUACAAUGCUCUGGAGGAGUUCUACGAGGAUGGAGUGCUAUACCUGGAGUUCCGCUCCCUCGUGCCCGUGCUUUACGACUUAGAUGGCACUGAGUUCACUCCAAUGGAUACUGUGCGUAUCUAUGUGGAAACCCUGGAGAAGUUCAAGGACGCCCAUCCCGAUUUCAUUGGAUCCCGCAUGAUCUACGCACCCAUUCGCAACACCAAUCCAGAGGGAGUAUCUGCCUAUAUCGAAACGCUGAAAGAGAUCAAGGAGAAAUACCCUGACUUUGUGGCUGGUUUCGAUUUGGUGGGUCAGGAGGAGCUGGGACGUCCUUUGAGGGACUUCGUCGAUGAGCUAUUGACCAUACCCGAGGAUAUUGACUUCUAUUUCCACGCUGGAGAGACCAACUGGUUCGGUGCCUCUGUGGACGAGAACCUGAUCGAUGCCAUUUUGCUGGGCACCAAGCGUAUUGGUCAUGGAUUCGGCCUGGUCAAACAUCCGGUGGUGCUAGACAUGCUAAAGAAGCUGAAUGUGGCCAUUGAGGUGAACCCGAUCUCGAAUCAGGUGCUGCAGUUGGUCACGGACUUCCGCAACCAUCCGUGCUCGCACUUCUUUGCCGAUGGCUAUCCGGUGGUCAUUUCCUCGGAUGAUCCCUCCUUCUGGAAGGCCACGCCCCUGACGCACGAUUUCUAUAUCGCCUUUUUGGGAAUCGCGUCGCAGCACUCGGACCUGCGUCUUCUCAAGAAGUUGGCCCUGAACUCCAUCCAGUACAGUUCGCUGACGGGAGAUGCCCAGUUCGAGGCACUGGAGAAGUGGCAGGUGAAGUGGGACCAGUUCAUCGCCGAUGUCAACGAGGAGGCCUCCAACCGAGGAAACCCCGGUCAGCAGAUCGAUUGACUAGCACGGGUGGUGACAGCGCUACUGGUCGCGAUUUCGCUGAUGACCUUCAACCUUUGGCGCUAGUCGGAAAAACCCCCUCCGCCCGCUGCACCUACCACUCCACUCCAACUCAACCUCCGGCUGCAGUGGGUCCAAAGCAUUGCAUUCUCAUCCGCAUCCAAUCAGAGCCAUAUCCAUAUCCACAUCCUCAAUAUCUAACCGUUGUUGUAAGCUAAUUGUUAUGGACUAGUCCUUAGUUAGAAAUAGGCUAAUACCUUCCUGUAAACCCAUGAUAUUCUGUGCCACGCCCCUGAAACAGUUGAAGGCUGAAAUUCUCUUCUGUGCCGAGGAAAAAGCAAUAAAGAACCCGUUUUAGUCGUAGCCGAAA